GCGAAGAAGAAGAGCUUUGACUGACAGAAAAUGGCUCCAUGAGUGUGGCGGCGAUAGUUUCGUCCAGCUCCAACCACGCAAUUUAAAUGCACAGCAAAUGAACAUGGACUGUUGCGUGUAACGGAUGAAAACAAUGUUUAAAAAGGCGAAACGUGUAAACCUUCGUCGAAGGAAUGAGUCCGACGAGGAUGAGCUGGAGGAGGGUCAUCAGCAGCAGCAGCAGCACCAGCCGCAGCCGCUCCUGGCGCCGACAUCGUUCGGGCCUGUGUUCGAGGAAAUCCCGUUCAUGGAGACCUCCAGUAACAGCACCAGCGGAGCAGCUAGCGACACGGACAACUGUCACAGCAACGGGCUUCUGGCUAAUCUCAACAACGUGAGAGCUGUUAAGAAAGAAAAGAAAGGAAAGGAAACGGCUUCGGCGCCAGGAGCCGCUAAAUCCAUUUUGCUGAGUUUCGACGACGAAGAAGAAGGAUCCGAGGUGUUCAGGGUGAAGAAGUCCAAUCACAGCAAGAAGAUUGUGAAACAGCUAAAGAAAGAGUACAAGGAGGAUUUGGAGAGGACUGGAAAUGUCAAACAGGACAGCAAACCAGAUGCUCCAAUGCAUCCUGCAAUCUCCAUUAAAGAAGAACUUACUAGCAGACCUGGUAGUGAACGCGGAGAGGAGGAAAUGGAGGUGGAAAGUGCUGAUGAGCAGGAGGAAGAAGGCAAAGGUCAAGGUGGCCAGGCACACAGUCAGCUGUCCAGAAGCAACAACGCUGGAGCAACCUUUAAUACGCUUUCCUCUCUUGGCAGCCUGAAACCAGGGGAGAUUCCUGACGCCGCAUUCAUCCAUGCUGCCAGAAAGCGCCGUCAAAUGGCUAGAGAGCUAGGUGGAGAAACACCGCUGGUAGAGACAGAAACACAGAAGAAACGUCUGGUACGAGAAGACCAAGAUGUCAGCGACGAUGAAGAUGAAGAAGAGAAAAGGAUCCGCUUCAGUGGAGUCAAGAACAAAAGCCAGAGACAAAAAAUAGCUGAGGAGAUUGGUAUUGAGGGUAGUGACGAUGAGGCACUAGACACAGGUCAGGAUGAAGAAGUGAGCCGCUGGGAGCAGGAGCAAAUCAGGAAAGGAAUCAGCAUACCCCAGGUCCAAAGCACGCAGCCUGAGGACAACACCAUGUAUUACCAGAACAGCUAUGAGAGCCAGCCCUAUGGUUCCUCGUACAGUAUGCCAUUUACCUACAGUACUGUGGUCGCACAGACUGGCAAGCCAACUGGCAGAGCAGACAAUGGAUCUGUGCAUUACGGGGUCCCUGUUAGUGCUCCAUCCCCAGUAUCUAUUGAUCUGGUAAAGAAACGCCUGCAAGAUAGGCUCAGCCAAAUGCAUGCGGGCCACAAUGGCAAUGUCAAGCGCUACAAACAGAUUGAAGAAGACUUAGCUGCCUCUGAGAGCGCCAUACAGCAGUUGGAGGGCUCGUCCAAUGACAAUGCAGAUCAAUAUAAAUUCUUGCAAGAAAUGCGAGGGUAUGUUGGAGACUUGCUUGAGUGUUUCAGUGAAAAGGUGCCUGCUGUCCUGGAGCUGGAGGCUGCCAUGCACCAGUUACUAAGGCAACGGGCUUCACGGCUUGUCCAGAGAAGACAGGAUGAUAUUAAAGAUGAAUCGUCGGAGUUUGCAAGCCUUUCAAAUAAAGCUGUCAUGGCUCCUAAUUUAGACUCAUUUGGUCGAGAUCGUGCAGCAUAUCAAGAACACAGUCGUCAGAGGAGAAUAGCAGAAAGAGAAGCGCGACGAACUAGAAGGCGACAAGCUAGAGAGCAGAACGGGAAGAGGGCUGAGCAUAAGGAAGGGUUGUCAUCUGAUGACGAGGAAACCUCCACUGACAUCACCAGCUUCAACAUGGAGAAGGAGCGCAUCGCCAGGGAAUGUAAGAAAGUAUUUGAGGACGUGGUGGAGGACUUUCAUUCUCUCGACUACAUCAAAUCGCAUUUUGAAGUGUGGAGGAGAGACUAUGCUGACUGCUACAAAGAUGCUUACAUAGCCCUGUGUCUGCCCAAACUCCUGAGCCCGCUAGUGCGCCUGGAGCUGAUUACAUGGAACCCUCUGGAGGCACAGUGUGCAAACUUUGAGUACAUGCUCUGGUUUGAGUCACUGUUGUUUUAUGGCUUUGAGGAGCAUAGUACGUUAGAAAAGGGAGACGGGGAUAUUGGCCUGCUGCCUGCUAUUGUGGAGAAGGUCAUUCUCUCAAAGCUAACAGUGCUGGCAGAGCAGGUGUGGGACCCGUUGUCAAGCAGCCAGACAGCCAGGCUCAUAGGCUUCAUUCAUAGACUUAUCAAAGGGUACCCCACUGUGCUGCAUGGAGAUAAUCAAUACACUCAGGAGCUUUUGAAAUCUGUUGUCUUGAGGACCAGGCGGACUCUGGAUGAAGACAUCUUCCUUCCUCUAUACCCCAAAAGUGUGUUGGAGAACAAGAAUAGCAGCCCUUACUUAUUCUACCAAAGGCAGUUCUGGUCCUGCGUGAAGCUACUGGGCAACAUCCUGCAGUGGGAUGGUGUCUUAUCCACAUCCUGUCUGAAGGACCUGGCACUGGACAGCACCCUCAAUAGAUACAUCCUCUCUGCGCUGCAAACCACAGAUACUGAAGAGGAUAACGUUCAGAAAUGCCAGAAGGUGGUGGAGUGUUUGCCCUCGCAGUGGUUCUCUGGGCUGAAGGGGCAGCAGACGUUGCCUCAGUUGGAGCCUCUUUGUCGCUACCUCGCCCACCUGGCCAACUCAUUGUACCGCAGCAGCGUAGGCACGUCUGACAUGGAACGGCGCACAGCCAAGGAACAAGUCAAAGACGUUGUGAAAAUGUUGCGCCACUUGAACGGUCUGGACCACAUCAUCACAGUGGCAGCAGCACAUGGUGUCAAAGACGUCAAACUAUUCUUGGAAGCCAAGUCAUAGAGGAGGACACAGGAGGGGCAACAUUUCAUUUUGGUGUGUUUGACACAAACAGCAGGUUCAGGGUGCGAGAGUCCUGCAAAAGUCAAUCAAUUUGAAAAAAAAAAGUCUCAAUACAGGUGACGGAACAUUGUAAAUCCUGUAAAUAAUGUAUAGAGAGGUGUGCUCACACACGUCAAUGUAAGACUUGCUCCAACUGAGGCCUUGUGUUGUCAGCUCUAAAAACUCUUAGAGCUUUGUGCUGGCAAUAUUUUAAUGUAUAAUUUAUUAGGAGUUCAUAUUUGUUGACUUUUGGAAAGAUGUGCUUUGUAAAUUGACGAUCCUCUUUGUCAAGUCUGCCUAGCUACCUUGCUUCUCAGACAUACUUGUUUUCAAAUGUGCCAAAAGAGCUUGGUUGGCCAUAAGGAAAGCGCUGCACACAGAAACCCACCUCCUCCCAACAGCCUGAGUCUCUGCUUCUCCCAUUCCCCGUUUCAUCCUAGGUGUUCCUCCUUCACACACACACACUGCCCUGACUUUGUAUUGAGAUUUGUUUUAGGUUUUGGUUUCACUGUAAAUAAAAUAUUAAUUUCAAA